UGCACGGAGAGAAGAAAAAAAGGAAAACUCAAGUGACUCUGAACGAUAAUAAUAAGGCUGCGUUGUUUAUCCAAAGAAGGGGGUUGGACGUCUGGUGAAUUCGCCAAAACUCUCCUAAAUUUCCAUUUUCUUCCCCUCUCACAAAACGUCCCCACUUUGUGUUCACGCGACUGCCUCAAUCUCACUUCACCGCACCGCCGACCAAGGUCAGCGCCAGUGGCCGCCCACGGGAACUGGCAACGCGGCACCCGAACCUCCGCGGACCCCGGUGGCUGCUUUCUUUUUUUUAUUGGGAGUUUGACUCAUUGGCUGAACAAACGACGGACUAACAGACUGCCUCUGUGCGGAUGGAGGAAGCCUUAGAAUAAGACAAACAAACGUCCUAAAGUCGAGUUUGUGAGCGUUAAACGAAGUGACACCAUGUUGGGAAACCCAGGAUCUUAUGCUAACAAGAAGAGGAAGAAGCCUGUUCUCAAACAUAAGAAGGUCUCUGAUGGCAAUGAAGUCGUUAAAACAAACCCUUCAAAGCGCCACCGGGAUCGGCUGAAUGGGGAACUGGACCGGCUGACGGACCUUCUGCCCUUUGAAGGGGAGGUUCGCACUCGUUUGGACAAGCUGUCGGUCCUUCGCCUCAGCGUGGGUUACCUGAGAGUCAAGAGCUACUUUAAAGCGACCAUGAAGAACAGCAGCAGCAGUCUGAUGUUCUCUGGAGUCAGCGGGCAGAAUGGGAACAGCAUGGACACCGCAGGCUUCUCCGAGGGGGACCUUCUGCUCCAGGCGUUGAACGGGUUUGUGAUGGUGGUCACGUCAGAAGGAUCUGUGUUUUAUGUCUCUUCCACAAUCAAGGACUACCUGGGCUUUCAUCAGUCAGAUGUGGUUCAUCAGAGUGUGUUUGAGCUCAUCCACACUAAUGACCGAGCCUUGUUCAGACAGCAGCUUCACUUUGCUCUAAACCCCACAUCUGAUGGUACGGAUGUGGAUGCGUUGACGAGUUGUAGUACGGUGAUGUACAGUCCUGAGCAGCUUCCCCCAGAGAACUCGUCCUUCCUGGAGAGGAGCUUCGUGUGUCGCUUCCGCUGCCUCCUGGACAACUCCUCUGGCUUUCUGGCUCUGAAGUUCCAAGGGCGACUAAAGUACCUCCAUGGCCAGAGGGUUUUGAACAGGGACUGUAACAAAUCUCAGCUGGCUCUCUUUGCCAUUGCUAUGCCCGUCCAGCCUCCAACCAUAGUGGAGAUCAGAGCUAAAAUGCUCCUCUAUCAAACCAAGCAUCAGCUGGACUUCACACCCAUGGCCGUUGAUAGCAGGGGAAAGAUUAUCCUGGGCUAUUCAGAGACUGAACUCUGUAUGAAAGGCUCCGGCUACCAAUUCAUCCACGCAGCUGACAUGAUGUACUGUGCCGACAACCACAUCCGCAUGAUUAAAACAGGAGAGAGCGGUCUCACUGUUUUCAGGCUCCUGAGUAAGUCGCGUGGCUGGGUGUGGGUGAAGUCCAACGCCAAGCUGAUCUACAAAGGAGGAAGACCUGAAUUCAUCAUUGCAUAUCAGAGAGCUUUAUCCAACGCUGAGGGUGAGGAAUAUCUGCGUCAGAGGAGGCUGCAGCUUCCCUUCAACCUGACCACAGGAGAGGGCAUCCUCUACAACAACGACGCCACGGUGGACCUUCAACAGUUUCAGUUCAACAAAAUGUUCAGCAACGUUAACAAAAUGAAGGAGGAUGUGACCCCCGGCUCUUUGCUGGACUGCUUCCUGAGUCAGGAUGAGACCGCUUACAUGCCGCGGACAGUGGACACCCCUCUACCUGUGGACCAGGUGUUCAUGGACAGCCAGGCGCUGGUUAGCAUCGCCAGUGACUCAUGGCAGGAUGACGGCACUACAGCUACAACCAGUGACCCUGUUGUAGUGAAGGAGGAAGCCAAGCAGUCGGUGAUGGCUGUGAUCGACAACCUGGAACAAAUGGCUCAAAACGGUGACUUUUGCACAGCGUUGCAGAACCUGGACGUCGGUGACGCAGAGCUGAUGGAAUGGAAUAAUGCCCUCAAGAGAUUAAGUCAGGACCAGGAUCAGCAGAGCAAUGUCAGGUCUGAGCUGGACAGCAUCCUCACUAAUGACAUAUUUGAUUACAUCGAUUCGGUUUUGUUCAAGGACAAGGGAGAAGACUGUCUAAAUGGCAGCCCUCCCAGCUGCCUCCCAGCUGUCAACAACAAUCAGCAGGACCCCAUCACUCAGGCUGCUCGGCUCUCGGCCACUGGUCUCGGUGAUCAACAGCUGUUUCAAACACCGAGCCCCAAACGUACUUACUCUCCAAUGAAUGGUCUCUAUGCUCACCAGCAGGACGCAAUGACUGGCCCAGCGAUUGCAGGGCGUAGCUUAGUAGAGUCCACUCAGAUAUUCAACAGCACCCAGAAACUCUCCCACGGUCCCCUGAUUCCUCCGGUUGAUACCAACCUGCCCCCUCUUCAACAACUGCAGCUCCAGGACAUUUUCAGCCCAUCUAUAGAGCUUCCAGAGCUCACUGUCCCUGACACCUUGGCCCCUUUUCAAUCCUGUGGGCAGACAUCUAUCAGCCAAAUGGGCUGCCCCCAGGGGACUUCAGCACAGAUACGGUCCAACCGACUUCUGCAGAGUCUUCAAAACAACGUGCAAGCUCCUGCAAUAGCAGCAAAUGGACAGUUGCUACAGAGCUCCGUUCAACAACCAAACAACGUUGCGCCCGGCAUAAUAGACAUUUUGCCAGCCCUGAUUCCGUGCAGUGACUUCAAUUCCACUAGCGCACCUAAUGUUCCCAUUCCCUUUGCCACACCAUGUCAGCAAGGAAGCGCCUCUUUUGAAACGCACAACCACCAGUUCCACCAGUUCCAGCAGUGGCCGCCGAGCCACGGGCAGAAGCUGCCCCACACUGGCAUCAUGCAGAAUGGACAGAAGUUGAUGCCAGCGUGCCACAGCCUAACGCCAGAAAGUCAAACCUUCCCGCAUGCUGCCGGCCUUUGGCCGAGGGAUGUCACGGGACUGAACCCCACUCAGCAGCACGGAGGGCUGACGUGUGGCCAGGCAGCCACUCACAGCAGCUGCAUGUUCAACCAGCACUUUUCAUCCGGGCCAGCAGGCGGCGAUGUCCUGGCUCAGCUCGGGCCUCCAGGCCCCCUGAGGGGGGCUGAAGUGUCUCUGGAUGAGAGUCCUCCUCAAGAUUCCUGCUACUUCCAGUGGAGCCACAGUGAGUCCGUGGUGGGCACCUCAGGAGCCAUAAACCAGGAGAACGUCAACAUCGGCCCUCUGACCGCUCCGCCCAACAUGCCGGCUACAGAGCACCCACUCAACAUUCAGCACUACCUGGAAUACCAAAGACACACACAGCAGGGGGGAAGAGUCUCCGCUGAAAGCAACGGGAUUUUCGAUGCUCCUGCUCUUGAUGUUGCCGCUGUGUACCUGACAAAGUAGAGCCAAGCCACGUUGUUAUUUCUGUCGCGACACAUCCAGGAGGACAAGAUUAAGCAUAGUUUGCCUGUAUCAGUGCUUACCCACAGACGCUCAUGCUUACCCUCCUUGUUAUAUAUUUUAUAUCACUCUGUAUCAUUUAUACUUUGUCCAGUCUGUAAUGUUUUAGAAGCUGUUGCUUGUCAGUUUUUUUUUAGUGAAGAUACACUAUAGUAAUAAUGAAGUAUGACGCCACAAGUGCAUUUACCAGGAUGGAGCUUAAGCCAGCUAGGAGGAUUGAUUACGUAAAUCCAAAUAGCCAAAGAAAUAGGUCUUUAUAAGGGAAAGCAAGUUUUAGUCACGUCCUUGUUUUCAGCCAAGGACAUAAAUGUGUUUAUCUCCCAAGUAUAAAUACCUGAAAAUGAAAAAAACAAACAUGCAGGGUUUUUUUUUGUAAACUUUGACGCUUACAAAGUGGAGACUUCUAAGAGAAGUUGUCAUCAUCUUUAAAAAAAAAUCAGUGUGAACACUCACUGUGAUAGUAAUAGCUACCUGAACGCACAGUUGUGCCUUGAACUUAAUAUUAUUACAGAUAAAUGAAUCUGUAUAUUUUAAAUGGACCCCUUAAAUGUGGUUGAUGUAAAGUGUAUACAUACAUGCUGUAAUUGUACUCAUAUUGGUUUCACCAAAAGGUUUGCUUUGGCUCACAAAAAUCUCAUAUGUACACAAUGCCUCAGCAUGUAAUCCACGUGUGCAAUGCAAAUGCAUUUUUAUGGAGAAUUCUUUCCAACUUCUGUCAGGGAUGCAAACCUUUUUGGUUUAUUGCAUUAUUUCCAUUUCAGUGAGAUUUUUAAAACUAGAAAAAAAAGCCACCGUUGAGUUAAUUUGGAUGCACUGCUGCUAAUUAAGACCUGUACUUGUGUGUGUGUGUGUGUGUGUUUUAGCUGCAUCUUACUCAUGUUUAAAAACCAAUGGAACUAAAAGCAAACUGCAAGUGUGCCACUGAGCUUUAAGAAAUCAGUCCAUCAAAAAUCACUUCAAGCUUGUCAAACGUUCUAAGCCACAUUCCCCCAAACUGUAAUUAUGCACUCACUCGUCUAGACAAAAUACUCCGUGAUUACAAGAAAGAAAGUCAAAUAACUGGCAGUUACCGUCUAAGACUGUGAAAAAAAGAAGAAUAAAAGGUUAAGGUAGACGCCUAAAUGAUCUCCCAAUAUUCUACGUCAAACCAAAAACAGAUGUACUUUUAGGGAAACCCUAAUCUUUCUCAAAAAUGCUCAACCACACUGACAAAAGCCGUGUCCCGUGUAAGGGGCCGACUCCUCGGUGAUGCAGGGGGUCCACACUGAACAUGGGCCUCCCCUCUAGGUGAGGUGCAUUUAGGUGCGCUUUUCCAACUUUUAAGUAAAAAACAUUCACAUCUAUAAUCACAAACUUGCCCUAAGACAGAUGACAAAAUGAUGAAACCCAGUGUUAAUUAAAUCAACAUAUGAUGGACUUAAUAUGAACUAUUAAGCAAUGUACAGCAUCAGUUUAAGAUGAUAUAUUGCUACAACUUGUGGAUUCUUCUUACAUUUAUUCCAGAGAUGUGCACUUCAUGUAAUGUCUUUUUUUUUAAAUCUUCUACCACCAGCAGAAUGAAAGCGCUUGAUAAAUGCAACAUGUAAUCAAUUGACUGCAAGUUAUUGCCUGAAUCCAUUUUUAAACAAAUGGUUGAUGGGAUUCUUCAAGCCUUGGAAAAAGAGUCAGCCCUGUCAAUGUUGUAAUGUUUUUAAAAAU